AGAUUAAAAAAAAAAGGGGGGGGAAAUUUAGAAACUGCCUAAGUUUAGGACAUUCAAACACAUCCACCCUUCUACCAGAAUUGCUCUCAAAGAGCAUACACCACACACCUGAGCUGCUGGAGGCGGGUAUUUUUACAGCAGCAGUUCCUAAAUGUUUGGACCCAGGGGUCAAGCCCUUAAACUCUCUGGCAGAUACCACAAUGGACAAAGGAGCGAACAAACACCUGCGUAUCACUGCGUAUUAUCACUUCAAAGGUGACAUGUGGCUCACAGUCUGGGAACUGCUGCUCUACAGGAAGGGAGGCCAAAAACCUUUACGAUGGGCCAUGGUGACAGCCAGGGUUUCAGGCUUCCUUGCUCUCAUGUGGAGAGGGCGGCACUUUGCACAAAACCAAAUGCAUUCGGGGGAACCUGGUGCAGAGCUCUGUGAUGAAACUCAAACAGCAGGGAGACAACUUCCAAACUUAUUCACACUCAUUCCCUUGAUCCCCCACUAAAAAUGGUCUUCAGAUGCAAUAUUAAAGACACUGCCCAUGGCAGAUGCCACGCUCCAUACUCAGGUAGCAUCCUGGUAUCACCAGGUUUUCUUUGCAGCAUGACACCAGCAGCAAUCAGGCAGUACCAGGAACCCAAGCACAAUUAAAUGCAGAGAAAUCCACCUUAGCUACAAGGCUAAGAGAUGUCUGGCUGCAUGGUGCACCGGGCACGCACUUGCAAAGCGCUGGCAAGGUCCCGUUCCACAGCACAGUUACGCUGUGGCCCAGCAGGUUGAGAAGAUCCUUCUGGCUGAUGUCUGCAACUGCUACAGGGAUCUUGUUACCACCUGCUGAGACUUUUGAAGUGGGAAAGAAAAACCACCAAAGCAGGACAGGUUUAAGUGGUCCUAGCCCCAAGAUCCAGCUCUCCAAAUCGCAGCCCCCUUAGAGCUCCUGCAGGUAUGUGCCAAGGACACAUUAUAUCUCCACUAUAGCAGCAAUCCCUCAAAGGGGUGAGGAAAAAAAAAAAGUUAAUUACUUCCAUGACCUUAAAUCCACCCUAUCAACUCAAACUGUCAAUAAGCAGCUGGCUUCUUGCUAAGUACAGACCAGAACUAGCCCUGGAGAAAACGAGAUGUUCCUGGGAAGCUCCAGAAACACAAUGCAGCCGGCUGUAUCCGUAACACCCUCCGAGGAAAUAAUUUCCGCCGCAGGCAGCGCAGGGUCCUUGUGCCAGAGGAUGCUUCAGAGCUGGAGCUUCCGCUGGCCGGUUUGAACCUCAUGGCACGGCACCAGGUCCGAAUGAACCGUGCACGCUGGCAAGCAACGCCCCCAGUAUUUCCAGUUCCCCAAACUGGGCUACAAUAACGACAGCUUCUGGAAUCUUAAUUACGUGUCGGAGGAAGGACAAUCCCGCUCUUCAGUGGCAGUGACGGGAUUUCGUAAUGAAGGAAAGAUUCUGUUAACUGGAAAACGCGCUCUGUCACGCAGGCUGCAAGGUGAGGGGGUUUCCAGCUAAGCGCUGCCAAUCCCAUCUGCAAACAACCUGGCUCCACAGCUGCAAAUUAGUUCCUCUCUACCCUCAGCUCUCCGAAAUGGUUAACUUCUGGCUGUGAGACCAUCCUAUCUCUCUGCCCGCUCAACAAUAGAUCCAGCUAAACAAAUGCCUCCUAAUUGACUUUGAGCAACACUUGAUGGCUUUUAGAAAAAACAAAAGAGAGGAAAACAUUGGGGUUUAUGAAAUAAUGACUAAUCCUGGAGCAAGAGAAAGGGGAUGGGUUGGAGCACUGGUGUCAAACAGAGAUUCAAUCUUGGCUGAAAGAGCCCCAAGACACAUGGGCCAAGUCAUUCAUCCCUCCCCAACUGCCCUCAUUUCCACACCUGCUGAUCUAAGCCAAACCCCUGCUAAAAUUCAAACAAUCGGGGCCGCUGGCAAACGAAAAUUAGAGCAUUGUCUUCCCCAUGAGGGCUCUGAAAGGGCCGCACUUAAUGAGGAUGGAUUGACAGAGAGGUGGCUCGGAGGCUAUAAAAGGCGUCCCACAGUCGGGAGCAGCUCAGUCCAGGGUGCGCCGCCCGUUCGCCUGCUCCCAGCUUGCUCCGAGCAUGGUCACGGCCCACGGCAGGCACCCCUCGAGGUGGGGUGGCCCAUGGCUGCUGGGUCUCCUGGUGCGCCUGCUGUUCUGGGGCUCUUCAGGAGCCUGGGCGAGCUACCUGAGGAGAUCCUCCAGCUGCACACCCAUUCCACACCGCAUGGCCUUGUGCUACGAUAUCGGCUACUCCCAGAUGAGGAUUCCCAACCUGCUGGAGCACGAGACCAUGCCAGAAGUGAUCCAGCAGUCUUCCAGCUGGCUGCCCUUGCUGGCCAGGGAGUGCCACCCAGACGCUAGGAUUUUCCUGUGCUCCCUCUUUGCACCAAUCUGCUUGGACAGGCUCAUCUACCCCUGCCGCAGCCUGUGCGAAGCUGUCAAGAGAAGCUGCGCACCCGUCAUGGCUUGUUACGGCUACCCCUGGCCCGAAAUCCUCAACUGCAACAAGUUUCCUGCAGAUCAUGAACUGUGCAUCGCGGCAGUCUCCACAGAUGAAAAUUCCUCAAGCAGGAGAACAGUGCCCCGAGCCAGCUGCAAGGACUGCGAGCUGGAGGAGGCCAGCACUGCCAGGGAGAUCCUGGAAAACCUCUGCGCCAAUGAUUUUGCAGUGAAAAUCCGAAUCCUGAGGAAGAAUACAACCACCACCAUCUCGGACUUCGACCUGGAUCCCUCCAGGGUGGAGGUCCUGAAGCACGGCCCGCUCCUCAGAACCGACAUCCCCACCAGGCUCCAGCAGUGGCUGGACAUAGAUGCUACCUGCGUCCACAACAUCAUGAGAGGCACUCAUGCAGGGGUCUUCGUUGUAAGCGGCGAAGUAGAGAGUGACAAAGUGGUGGUGAACAAGGCCUACGCCUGGCAGAAGAAGAACAGGAACCUGCACCAGGCAGUGCGGAGGUGGAAACAUCACCGCUGCCCUGAACAGGCUGGCCGGAAGGUCUGAAAAAUCUCAAUUCCAACAGUAAGAAACUGCUCCCUUCCCUAUGGCUAGAAAACUCCUUUCCCUGGCAGUCGGUGUUUUGGAGAUGUACAGACAAUAUUUUCAAGUUAUUCAAAGCAUUCAGAGUCCACAGAUAGGGCCUCACUACAGAUCCCUGUUUUACUGAGGCAGAACCUAAGGCAGCAGAUUUAACACAUUCCCCUCGCAAGGCUCUGCAGAUCCAGGACUUGCAAUGGACGGCUUUGUGUAGGAUCCAACGUCACAACAAAACUGAACUGAACUCUGCAGGCGAGCACAAAUUAGAAGAGACCUUUAAUAACAAUUCCUUCUAGUUCUCCUCCUCAAAGUUGAUAAUCAUUUCAGCUUCACAAUUUGACCCCGAGAUAUCGAUGCAGUCCAAGUGCCUGCUUGCUUUUGGUCCAGAGAGAUUACAUGAAAGUCUCCUUGACUGUGGAGACAUGCUUUUUGAUGUAAUGGAACAAAUACUUUACUUUUGAACAAUCCAAGGUAAAUUAAGGGGAAGAGGAACCACCCAGGCAAUGCCUGGCCCCUUAAAAAAUGAAUGCUAAAUUCCUCUCUUGAGCAGUCACUCAGGCUGUCCCUUUGGCUUGCUGCGCUGAGAGUUGAUGAGCAUCCGUACAGGUAAAAGAAAACGGCCGUUCUCAAGCAGGAAAGGCACAGAGCAAAGAUAGCUGAGGGUUUCUGCAUGACCCUAGGGAAAACUAUUUUUUAACAUCUUUGGAUCAGAAGAUUCUGGUAACUGGGGAACUACCAAAGAUAUCACAAGAGCCUGGAGCAAGCAGGGCGAGAGAUCAGCUGUUUAAAACCUCCGCUUUGGUGUGCAACAGCAGCAGCUUUGCUUGGGAUGCAGAGGUGAGCCCCAACCACAGCACAGCAGGACACACCUGCAGUUCUUACACGGAGGGGAGAAACAAAACACAUCUGUCUGGCCUUCCCCCUGCACACAAGGAGGACAGAAAAGGUGGCGAAAGUCAGUCUCACCAAGCUCUCUGCAGCUCACUCUCUCAUCCAAGUAAGUAGGGACUGUAAUUCCCUGCAGGGGUAAACACAGCUACAGCUCU